UCAAGUGCAGAAGAGGCAGAUUCCUGGCAGAAGCAGCAGCAGCAGCACAGAGCAAAGGAAGGCCCAUCGAUUGCAGCGAGCACCAGCAGCAGCAGAACCACAGUUACAAAGCAACGGCCACAGCACCAGGGCAAAGGCGCGGCCCGUGAAUAUCCAGCAUAACACAGCACACAGACACACGCACAAGCAGCCGUCGCGAAACAGGUGCAAGUGCUGCUCUGCGAGUAAAUCCCAGCGCGUCUUUGGGAGCAACGAGCGAUGGGGAACAAACAGACAGAGGACUCAGACAUCGAGCGCACACCCGAGUAUGCCGCAUUCAUGCGCACACUCGAGCUAUACCACGCACAGCGCGGAACACACCUCACAAAGGAACCCGCCCUCGGCCCGCGCCGCAUCUCCCUGCUGAAGCUCUACAAGCGCAUCAUCGCACUCGGCGGGUAUGAUGUCGUGUCAGAUACGCCCAUGCUGUGGAAAAAGGUCGCAGCAGAGUACAAUGUGCCGCCCAUGUCCAAUGCAGGCAUGCCGGGCUACCUGCUCAAGACCAUGUACUACAAGAACCUCGCGGCCUUUGAGAUUGAGACACACCGCAAGAUGCAAGCUCCACCGCCAGAGAGACUGGAGAGCUUGACGGCACGAGGUGGAGCCAUCAUGCGAAGACCGAAUGUCAUCAACACACCCUCGCCCAAAUCGCCCUCCUCUGGCAACCACCUGCCUGCUCACCAUGCCCAGCGGCCUCGAGCGCCCCCGGGAGCUCGCACCUCGUUACAGCACCAGCUCUUGGCAUCCCAACAACAGCAACAGCAGCAGCAAGUCACCUCCAUGCAAAACUUUCAGCAGAUAGGCCAACAGCUAUUGCAACAACAGCAACAGCAGCAACAGCAACAACAACAAGGUCAGUUCAAUAGCAACAAUUCCAGUCGAUCUCGCCUGCCGCUCACUGCAACGCCAACGCCCGCCACGCAACCUCGCGUCGUCACACCGGCAGAGGCAGCGUGGUUUGAGCGCGAUGGACCCUUCAUCAAGCCUAUCAUGCCUGCCACUGCGGGCCAAUUUGCUUGCACAACACUGCAGCCAGAACAAAAAAAUGCUCUACAGCCAUUCAUCUCAAGGCACAUUGAGCUCAGACCUCCAAAAGAACGCAUUGAGGGCCGCCUCUCUUCCCAGCAGCUCGCACGCAUCACCAUGGCCCUCAAGAGCUCCAUCCCAGAUGAAAUGGCGUGUGCCCUGAAAGAUCUUGUCCGUUCAAGUUAUGAACAAGGAGACGAAAUGUCACUCGAGCGUACACCAGGUCUUGCUGAAGCACUCAUGGCCAUUUUCGAACAGGGCGUCCAGAAAAUUUGCUCUGACAGUCUCCUCUCCGAGCCUUCAGCCAAGCGUGUCAAACGACAGAGUGAAUAUUUUGCGCAUCGCGCUCAAGAUAAAGCACCAUACUUUCUCGAGGCUGCUCUCGUUCUACGCAAUGCGAGUCUGCAAGUUGACAAUGCAAAGUUCAUCUGCAGAUUGCCACAGGCAGUUCACGUCUUUGUUCAGGCUUUGUCGUUGCCGAUUACAUCUGCCACCAUUGAACUCAGGCUUUAUUGCAUGGACAUGAUUGAAGCUGGCGUUCAAGUCCUCGGCAUUACUACGGAAGGACAUCCGUUGUAUCGUUCGAUUGCUAGUCUGCUGACGUCGGACGACCGUCAUGCACUGCUCUUCUCUUUGCGCGUUCUGGCAAAGCUCUCAAACUUUGAUGACAACAAUCGCUUGCUGCAAGAUAUCAAGCCUGCCACCAUCAGCCGACUGGCUCAGCUUUUGCUCUGCGCAGACGAUGAGCUUGUCGUGGCGAUUGUUGAAUUCGUGUAUCAAUUCACCACCUACAAGCACAACACAAAAGCACUCGCAAACAAUUCAGACACGGCAGAGCUACUACGCAAGGUCCUCAGCUUGACGACCCACGGCGACUAUGGCAAAGUAUCGGAAAUCACAAACCCACAACAAGCAAAGACGCCAGAGGUCCCACCAAAUAUCCCAUCGCUCCCUGAAGAAGUUGUCCAAGAGCUGCUUCAAUUUGCUGAACCAGAGAGAGCUAUUCACUGGAUGAAGACUUGCUACCAAGCGGGAUCGACUGGAGAUGACGUGACGCAAAUAUCGCUCUGGACAUCAUACCGCACGCGCUUUAGCCACUAUACCGGCAAGCAGCCAUUGUUGCAAGCUGCAGACCUCAUCAAAAUGGUGAACACAGCCUUCCCAACGGCUGCAGCUAUGGUGACACAAGGAGCUGAAGGACAGCGCUUCAUCAUUCGAGGCAUUCGUCCGCGCGAGUCACCCACCACACCGAGCGGCAAAACGUACAUGUCAUGCAAGUGGAUGACGGCCAAGCAAGAACCUGUUGUACCGAGUGGCGUGUCGACUGAAACUUCAACUGCUCAAGUUGAUGGCGUGUCGAAUGGUGCGCCGACCUCUGUCGCGCCCAGCACGCGUACGGUUUUGGAACCUUGUGGUCAACAAUUUGCAAGUACGAAUGCACUAUACAAACACAUUACCCAGGAUCACCUACCAAAGGAUGGCAGCGCCAAGACGCAUUGUUGGCAAGGCUGCCAGAAGUACGCAUCAAAGCCAGAAAUGGAUGUGCGCAAGGUUGCCAUUCACGCACGCAUCCACCUGCCAUCCACUGCAGCGCCAAAGAGUCAACCGGCCAAAGCACAAGCUGUCUUGCGAAUCGAAUCGCGCUUCACGGCGCAUGACGACAAGGGUGAGGCACGCGGUGUUGCUAUGCUUGCAACGGCCAUCUUGAAGAACUUGGCCAAGGCAGAGCCGACGGUCUUUGACGAGCAAGAUGCGUUGCCACAGCGCAUUAAAGCUGGGCUCCUAUCGAACCUGGCUCUCAACCCUGUUCUGGCCGCACAAUCGGCUGAUGCCCUUUGCCAGAUUCAGAAGUGAGACACUCCCGGCAGUUGUUCCCCUUUUUGCAUAGUGAAUCCAUACCAUAGCGAACGUGUAUCAAACGUACU